AUGCUCAGCCGGACGAAGGCUCUGACGCGCCGGGUGGAUAACGAGCAGCACAAGCGGUGCACAUGGCGCGAACCAGGGAACUUCAACAGCAAUCUAUCGGCACUCACCUGGACUGCCCAGCUCAUCCUGUUCGACUUUGUGUGCUUCCAGAAGCAGGACGACGAAGACGGAAUCCCCGAUCUGCUGGAUCAAAUGUGCAAGAAGUACUUUCAGCAGAUGGCGGAGACACCUUUCGGACAUGUACUGCAAUGGAGGCUAUAUCUCUUUGCGGCCUCCCGCACCAGUCUUACCAAGCACCAAGCCCGCUGGUCCCUUGAUGGGGAAACGGUCGACUAUAUGGGGACGAAACUACACAUGGAACAAGUGACACAGCUGGUCGAGUCUGAGUUCCGCCAGGCGCACUCGCUUCUGUAUGAUGAGCUCUUGUUUGGAAUGAGGGAUGUUGCUCCGAUCGAGGCAUGGAGGCUGCACGACGAUCUAGAUGUAGACGACUACGGCGCUUCGUGGUUGACAGACGAGAGGAAUCGCGAGAUACUGGUGGGGACGCAUGACGCCCUGCUCCGACAGAUCGAAGAGAGGGCGGAUCUACGGCAGGUAUUCGUGCGGCUGGAUCCAAACGGUGGGGUUCGCCUCUGCCCCAAGGCGAUAGCUAUCUAUGAGGCGCAUGUUCAGGAGUUCCUCAAGAGGAUACUGGCACCCAUCUCGGUUCCCUCGGGCCCUCCAUUACGCUCCCCAGAACUACUCUCCAUCACGUACAUCAACACGGGUGCCCGCCGCCGAUCG